AUGGAGGGUCUCACUACUGCCAACUACAACCCAUACUCAAAAUUCCAUAAAUCACAAUUCUUCCCUCCUGAAACACAAGGAAAAAAGUCCUUCAAAACAAAACAAGAAAGACAGAAUAAGUCUUUUUACAUUCCUUCAAAUGUCUUUUUCUUUCUUAUUCCUACUCUCUCCCUAAGCCUGCUUCUUUUUUGUCCUCUUUUAACUUUCUCUCCAUGCUCUCUCUCUCUACUAUCUCCUUCUCUUUUUAUUGCUCUUUUUCUAUCUGUUUCUUUAUAUUCUCACCAUCUCUUUCUCUUUUUACAUUCUAUCUCUUCCUACUCUAACACUUUCCUACCUAUUAUAUUUUCUACUUUGCUUUUGAUUCUCUUUUUUACCACUCACAUUUUUAUGUACUCGCCUUUUCUUCUUUGUUUCUUUCACAUUCAUUUCCUUUCUCUUUGCUCUCUCAUCCAAGCCAUUCCUUUCUUUCCAUCUCCAUUUUUUACUUUCUUUGUUUCACCCUUUUGUAACAAUAUCCCUUUCUUUUCCUUUCUUUCAUUCUCCCAAUUUAUUUCUUCUAGUAUUAUCACUCUGUCUCCUUCAGAUCCAGAUCCUAUCGCUUGA